AUGUCAGUUGCGGUCACUCAUACACCACGUUUCUUCUCCCGUAAUGGCUGUUCUGGUCUCAAAGGCCCUCCUGAGUUUACUUGUUCCGCGGUUCUUCUGGAGAGAAAAUUUAUUGCCUCCCAUGGACCACCACCACACAUCGAUGCUGAACGUCUCGCCCGAACAAUAACCGUUCAGAAGGGAACUCAACGCGACUUUAACGUCUGCGUCUUUCGUGAUCGACUUCUGUUUCAUGCCAUGAGUAGAGGACCGGAUUUGUCUGAAAUAUCCUUCGAUGAUGUGGUGCAAAUUGAAGUGUUAUCAAACAAGCAAAAUAUCCUUUUCAUCCUCUGUGGACAACGAGGAGUUGGAUGCUACUAUUUUUUCAAGAUUAUUGAAUACGGAAUGGCAAAUAGGAUCAAGGAGCUAACAAGUCUUGUCAAUCCCAACCUUAUGCAUGGUCGAGAGGGCUGUGGAUCAUCGAUGAAUAAUUGCCUACGGUACAGGAUGUACGAAAGACACCCUCUAAAAGAGAAUGUCUAUGCAUAUGAUAAUCCCCGAAUAGAACGUGAUUUCAGUGCACCUCCGUCUGUCUUCAGUGAGGAUAGCAGUGCAACAUCGACCUUUUCUUUGUAUCGUCAAAACUCUUUCAUUGGCUGGGAAGGGUGUAGAAGGAAUCGCGUUGCUGACUAUGGUCGGUCUUUUCGGAGCAAACAGGCAUCACUCAACCGAAGCUCCUCGCGAUCUAGGUCACGCACUCCACGGAAAGGCAACAAGACAUUGUACAUCAAAGCUCAGGGAGUUCCAAAUCGGAGAAAGGCAAGUUCAGUCAAGAGAAAACGCCAACCCUUGGUGGUUCUGGAGGAUAAUAGACCUCGGUCAAAACCUAUUAGCCGUCCGGCCACUCACAAUGACAAACGCAAAAGAGACCCACGAUUUGCGACUGCUCCACAAAAACAGCGUAGAUCUGGAUCAAACUACAAACGAGCUCAGACUGUACGACGAACCUAUGACACUAAAAAUAAGUGUGAAUCGUCGGAAUCUACUUAUGAUUUAGCCGAUGAAGUCGAGAUUGACCCCCACCCUUAUCCACAUAAUUCUCGGCUUAGAAACGUGGAUUACCAGGUUGAAGAAAUGGACGAAUACGAUUGGGAGAGCAUGGACAGUUGGGAUUUGGGGGAAAGCAGAUCAUUUAGACGGUUUCAAGGCGUAACAUUCAAUGUACCUCACCCUCAUGGCAGGCAGCCCAAACAAUAUGACUACGGCAAUGACGAGGAGUCAAAUUCCUCCGUUGAUUCACUCUAUUUAGAGCGUGAAAUGGAGUAUGGAAAUGAAUUUCCUCAACAUCAUACCAACUAUUUGCCGGAAUUACAGGAGAAAUUUAAGCAAUUCAAUCUCAAGUAG